CAAAAAACAAUAUAAAGAUCACCGAUUCUCUCGCGAGUGGCGCAAUUAAUUCGUUGACCCUGUAAUUGUAACUCGGCUGCCGAAAGAAAUUCGGCAUCCUCUGCGACGCCAUCGGAAAGUUCCUUCCAACAGGUGUCAGGACCACAGGACAUUUGUCCUGAAUUUGUCAUUUGUAGGAAAACGUCUACGGACUCGCAGAAAUAUGGAAUUUGGCAUUCUGCUGGGGCUACUUCUAAUCGGUAGUGGCAUGAUUCUGGCAGAGGAUUCUUACUCCACCAUGUACGACCACGUUAACGUGGAAGCCAUUCUUUUCAAUGAACGAGUUUUUAAGCAGUACAUGGCUUGUUUGUUGGACAGAGGACCUUGUACACCCGAAGCACAUGCACUAAGAAAUGUACUACCAGAUGCUCUUGCAACCAACUGCAUAAAAUGUAAUAAUCGCCAGAAGGAGAUUGCAAAAACAGUAAUGGCGCACUUGAGAUACCACCGACCGGAAGUCUGGGACUUGUUUGUGCAGAAAUAUGACCCUGAGGAGGUGUAUGUGGAAUCCUUCGCGAAGUUCCUUGAAGAGGACAGAUGAUCAGGGAGAAGAGGAUGGAUCUAACCUGCGAGGAUUACGUGAACUGAAACCACAAAACAGGACCGACUAUGUCGUGACAAUAAAGUCCUUACAAUGAUGAAGUAAA